ACCAAAUAAAUAAAAAACUAAAUAUCAAACCGUUACGCUUCCCUCUGUCUAUACAAAAAACUCAGAAAAAUUCCAAUUCAUUUCAAAUUCACCUAUUCCUCACAAUGUCCGACCCGGAAACCAAACCCGAACAAGACUCCACCCUCGCUCCACCGCAACAACCAAAUUUCACCGGAAACUACUCUAUUUGGCCUCCCAAACAACGCACUCGCGACGCCGUCAAAAACCGUUUGAUCGAAACACUUUCCACUCCCUCAGUCCUCACCAAACGCUACGGCACAAUGUCCGCUGACGAAGCCUCCGCCGCCGCUAUCCAGAUCGAGGACGAAGCUUUCUCCGUCGCCAAUGCUUCCUCUUCAACUAGCAACGAUAACGUUACGAUUCUUGAGGUUUACUCGAAGGAGAUCAGUAAGCGCAUGAUCGAGACUGUUAAAGCUAAAUCUCGUCUCGCUGAUGACGGUAACACCUCCGUCGGAACUCCUUCCUCCGCCGCAGACGCAGUUGCUGUUUUGAGUCUUGAUUGAUCUACUGGUUAUAUUUAGCAUUUUAGGGUUUGCUUGUUAAAUAAUUGGUAUUACUGUUAUGGUUUGAUUCUGAUGUUGCUAAUUUUCGUUUUAUCUGCAUUGUUUAGAAAUUGGUGGAAUCAGAGGAUGUAGAGUUAUACUCUGAGUAUCCAAUUUGUGUGUGAAAUAUGAUAUUGUUUUAACUUCAUAGCUUUUUGUGUCA